AAUUUGACAGCUGUUUGCCCUUUCCGGUUGUCAAAUUUCUCUCAGCUUGCAGCACAGUACGGCCGCUGGUGAUAUUUUCCAUUUAAAAUACUGAUAAAUUAUACAAAAAUGGCUUUCGGUGACGUCACAACCCCACAAGGUCUCAAGGAAUUGGAGAAAUUCCUCGCUGACAACAGCUAUAUUAGCGGAUAUUCACCCAGCAAAGCUGAUAUAUCAGUGUUCGAUGCUUUGGGUAAGGCACCAACUGGAAACUUCCCUCAUGUGCAGCGUUGGUAUCGUCACAUUGCCUCGUACGAGGCCAGUGAGCGUGCCGCUUGGGGCGGUUCUCCAUUGCCUCAAGCUGCCGGUGCUAAGCCCACAGUUGCUGCUGCACCAACUGCCGCUGCGGCUGAUGAUGACGAUGUAGAUCUCUUCGGCUCCGAUGAUGAAGAAGAAGACGCAGAAGCUGAACGCAUCCGUGAGGAACGUGUUGCUGCCUAUGCUGCUAAGAAAUCUAAGAAACCUGCGCUAAUUGCCAAGUCAUCAGUAUUGCUGGAUGUCAAACCAUGGGAUGAUGAGACCGACAUGAAGGAAUUAGAGAACAGCGUGCGCACCAUUGAGAUGGACGGCCUUUUGUGGGGUGCCUCCAAGCUGGUGCCUGUCGGCUAUGGUAUUAACAAGCUGCAGAUUAUGUGCGUCAUUGAGGACGACAAAGUGUCAAUCGAUUUGCUGACUGAACAGAUACAGGAAUUCGAAGACUUUGUUCAAUCCGUCGACAUUGCUGCCUUCAACAAGAUCUAAGCAUGUAGAUCAAUACCUCAUUAAAUUAAUUUCCGUUUUUUUUUUACUUUUGAACCAUAAAUAAAGUGAACAGCAAAGUAUAGCAAUUUAA